AGGGGAAUUCUGCCUCCGCUGCGAGUUGUUUCAUUUGAAUUGGAAUCUCCUAAGCUCUCGAGCAGCCCCACGGCCAUCAGCACGAAGAAGCUUUCCACAGAGCCGUCCGGCCAGCCAGGAUCCGCCUUGCAUGGCCCCGUCCUCACGGGUCGACCAGAGCCGCUCGGUGCGAGCAUCGAUGCUGACACUGGCGCCAUCAACUUUGCGGUUUUCUCCUCCUCCGCCACCGCCGUCCGCCUGGUGCUGUUCACGGAGGCAGACCUGACGGCCGGGAGGGCCACGUUGGAGGUGCCCCUGGACCCAACCACCAACCGAACCGGUGACGUGUGGCACGUGAUGCUGCCCAACCUGCGGGACGACCUGCUGUACGGGUACCGUGUGGAUGGUCUCCAUCAGGACACGGACAAGGAGGGUCCAGGCCACCGCCAUGACCAGAGCCAUGUCGUACUGGAUCCCUACGCUGUGGCAGUUCUCAGCCGCCGGCGCUGGGGCCAGCUAGGCCCCAACCUGCCGUACGGCGAGCCCGGAGUGCUGGGCCUCAUGCCUACGUGGCCUCAGGCCGCCGCAGCUCUCCCCUCGGGCCGCUACUCCUCUUCGUCUUUUUCCCAUCAGCCCCAUUUCGAUUGGGAGGGGGAUCGGCCCCUCAACCUGCCCAUGGAGAGUUUGGUUAUCUACGAGGCGCAUGUACGGGGGUUCACGGCGCAUGAGAGCAGCGGCGUGGGGGCACCCGGAACCUACGCGGGCAUGAUUGAGAAGUUGGAUCACCUUCAAGCCCUGGGAAUCAACGCCAUCGAGCUGUUGCCUGUGUUUGAAUUCAACGAACUCGAGUAUUACAGCCAGAUCCCUGGAUCCAAAGAGUAUAGGUACAACUUCUGGGGCUACUCCACCGUCAAUUACUUCAGUCCCAUGGGUCGCUACAGCGCCGCCCUGGCGGAGGGGCGCCCCGUCAGGUCCACGUGUGACGAGUUCAAGCAGUUGGUGAAGGAGUGCCACAAGCGGGGCAUAGAGGUGCUUCUAGACGUCGUGUUCAACCACACGGCGGAGGGCAACGAGCGGGGACCCACACUCUCAUUCCGGGGACUGGACAACCGAGUGUACUACAUGUUGGCGCCAGGGGGGGAGUACUACAACUACAGUGGUUGCGGCAACACACUCAACUGCAACCAACCGGUUGUACGGCAAUUCAUCUUGGACUGCUUGCGGUACUGGGUGACCGAGUACCACGUGGACGGGUUCAGGUUCGAUCUGGCGUCCAUCCUGACCCGGGCGCCCAGCGCCUGGCACCCGCAGCAGUACGACGAGGAGACAGGUCAACCUGUCGCCAUGUCCAGUGGUGGAGCCCUUGUCAGUGCAGAAGGCAUCAUGACUGACGGCGCUGGUGUCCCCACGGGCACCCCCCUGCCCGACCCCCCCCUGGUGGAGGCCAUAUCCGAGGACCCCGUGCUGAGGAACACCAAACUGGUCGCCGAGGCCUGGGACUGCGACGGAUUGAACCAGGUGGGCGCUUUCCCGCACUACGGCGGCCGCUGGUCGGAGUGGAACGGCAAAUUCCGCGACGUGGUUCGCAACUUCAUCAAGGGCACUGACGGGCCCUGGGCGGGCGACUUCGCCUCCGCGGUGUGCGGCUCACCCAACAUAUACGCCAGCUCACAGCCCCAAGAGAGCGACUGGUGGGGUAACAACGGUGGUCGGCAGUGGCGAGGUGGUCGCGGUCCCUCCGCCUCCAUCAACUUCGUCACCGCGCACGACGGGUUUACCUUGGCUGAUGUGGUGUCGUACAACAACAAGCACAACGAAGCCAACGGCGAAGACAACCGUGAUGGUGAGGCGCACAACAACUCCUGGAAUUGCGGGGAGGAGGGUCCCACGAGCAAGUGGGAGGUCAAUCGUCUUCGCCAGCGGCAGAUGCGCAACAUGUCCGCUGCGCUGCUGCUGUCCUGCGGCGUGCCCAUGAUCACCAUGGGGGACGAGUACGGCCACAGCAAGGGUGGAAACAACAACACGUACUGCCAUGACUCGGAACUCAACUACGUCAGGUUUGAUUUUCUUGCAUUUUGCACCCCCCGUUUCGUCUCUCAAUAUUUCCUUUGCCUGCUCCUGUCCGCCUCCCGCCGCUUUCCCGUUCUGCCCUCCUGCCCUGCCUUCACUCAGCUGCCCCACCAGCCGGAUUGGAGCGAGACGAGUCGCCUGGUGGCCUUCACCCUGUCUGACGGCAAAGGGGGGGGCCUGUACGUGGCCUUCAACACCAGCCACAUGCCCCGCCUGCUGAAGCUGCCCAACUGGGCCGGCAGGCUGUGGCAGCCGCUGCUGGAUACCAGCAAGGUUGCGCCGUAUGACUUCCUAGCUGCCGACGGUGUUCUGAGUGUCGCUGACGUGGCGGCUGCUCGUCGCUCCAUGUCCAUGUGGACCGCCGACCACACCUACCCCGUACUCCCCUGGAGCUGCAUUGUGCUGGUUUCGGCGCCGGAAGAUCCCACAUCCACAAAUAUGAUCAGG